AUGGCUAAGACUGGGGCACAUCAAUCUGGAGUUGGUCAGGGACGUGAGCAGAGGACACAUAUAGGGAAUGCUCGGUAUAACCAGAUUAGCACUGAGCCUAUUACCACUCUUUGUCAUCAUUGUGGUAAGCCACAUAAGGGCACUUGUCAUUGGGUCACUGGAGCAUGCUUUGGUUGUGGACAGCUGGGACACCGUAGACAGGACUGUCCUACUAGUGAGACAACUCAGGGUGCUGGUCAAGCAACACAUUCUGCUCCCUCUCAGGCUCAACCAGUUUCACAGUAUAGUGGUAGAAGUCAGGGUUUUGGUGGUCGCGGUCAGGGUGGUAGAGGUUCUGGUGGUAGAGGAUUUGGUCAAACUCAGGGACAGACAUCUGGUGGUAGAGGUCAAGCUAGAGUUUUUGCUUUGACUCAGCAGGAUGCUCAGGCAUCUAAUGCAGUAGUGACAGAUACCAUCAAUAUGGCGAUUAAACACUCUCUUCUGCUGAUAAUGCUCAUCUUCCUCGUGGGCCCGGUGGCUCUUACUGAGCCAGCAAGGGAUGAUUGUGAUUGUGAUAUCCCAAAAGACUUUGACAGUAGUUAUUUUGGAGAUAAAUUUAUUUUUGGUACAGCCACUUCUGCUUAUCAGAUUGAAGGUGGUACAGGGAGUGAAACGGGUAGAGGACCUAGUGUCUGGGACACAUUUACCCAUGAGACUCCAGAUAGGAUUAAGGAUGGCAAAAAUGGAGACAUGGCUGUUGAUUUCUAUAAUCGAUUUAAAGAAGAUAUAGCAAAUGUGAAGAAGAUGGGAUUUAAAGCUUUCAGAAUGUCGAUUUCAUGGUCCAGAGUUAUACCUACUGGAAGCAUACGUGAUGGAGUGAACGAUCAAGGAAUUCAAUUUUAUCGUAAUGUUAUCAAAGAAAUUAAAGAAAAUGGACUAGAACCUUUUGUUACUAUUUUUCACUGGGAUACUCCUCAAACCUUAGAAGACAAGUAUGGUGGCUUUUUAUGCCGUACUAUUGUGGAUGAUUAUCAAGAUUAUGCGGAUCUUCUUUUUAAAGAAUUUGGUGAGAAUGUGACAUAUUGGAUGACUUUCAAUGAACCAUGGGCUCUUAGUGGAUUUGCCUAUGAUGAUGGAAUUUUCGCUCCUGGUCGAUGCUCAUCUUGGGUGAAUCGUAAAUGUCGUGCUGGAAACUCAGCCACUGAACCUUAUAUAGUUGCGCAUCAUCUACUCCUUGCUCAUGCUGCAGCUGUAAACAUAUAUAAAAAAAAAUACCAGCAAAAUCAACGUGGUCAAAUUGGGAUAACACUUUUUACCUUUUGGUUUGAACCUCUCUCGAAUAGACAAGUUGAUAUCGAAGCAUCCGAAACAGCCCUUGAUUUCAUGUUUGGAUUGUGGAUGGAUCCUCUAACCUAUGGUCAAUACCCAAGGCGUGUCCAGAAUUUAGUUGGAGAUAGAUUGCUCAAAUUUACUGACAAUGAAAUUAAACUGCUUAAAAAAUCUUAUGAUUUUAUUGGAUUACAAUACUACACUUCAUAUUAUGCAAAACCAAAUGUUCAUGUUGAUCCAAAUUUUGUUAGAUACAAAACUGACAGUCACGUCAAUAUAACUCCUUAUGAUUAUAAUGGUAAUCUCAUUGGUGAAAAGGCAUACUCUCCUUGGUUUUAUAUUUUCCCAAAAGGUAUCCGACGUCUUUUAAAAUAUACUAAAGAUACAUACGAUAAUCCAGCAAUUUAUAUUACUGAGAAUGGGGUUGACAAUAAUAAUAAUGAUACUCAACCCGUUGAUGAAGCACUCAAAGAUCAAUUCAGAAUAAAUUAUUAUCGAAAUCAUACGUGGAAUGUGUUCAAAUCGAUCAAGGAAGACAAAGUUAAUGUUACAGGUUACUUUGCAUGGUCAUAUAUAGACAAUUUUGAAUGGAAUAUUGGUUAUACUUCAAGAUUUGGUUUGUAUUACGUAGACUACAAAGAUAACCUGAAAAGAUACGCCAAGGAUUCAGCUAUUUGGUUCUGCAAGUUCAUUAAUUGUUUGAUUCCAGCCGUAUGUGAUAGCCUGCGUCCGGAACAGAUCACCCAGGUUACUUCAAGGAAGCUUGGCAAAUACUACCUGUAAUGUGAGGGUGCCAUGUCGAUUUGUAUAACUUUCGAGUUUCUUGGAGUUAAAUAAUAUCAUUGGACUGCUGCUCAGCUCCAGUGACCUUGCUUGUGUUGUAAUAAAUUUGUUGGCGGCGCAGAUGCAGUUUCCCUUAUGGGAAUUCCAUGCAUGCCCUAGUGUGUUACUAUUCGUUGAAAUAAAAGCUAAUGUGAUCAAUUU